AUGGAGCCUGCGACUGAGGAGGCCACCCCGGCACCGGCAUUGACACCGGCAUCGGCACCUUCGCCACAGCCACAGUCGCAGUCACAGUCGCAACUCUCCUCCCCGCAAGACGAUAGUCCCAUCGCGCCGUCCGACAUUGAUAAGACCGUAUCCAGCAAUGGCGGCGCCAAUGCCACUGCCAAUGCCAAUACCAACCAAAACAAGAACGACGACGACAACACCCACACCCACCCCGACACUGGUGACAGCAAUACCAACACCAAUCCAAUUGCCGAUAACAUUUCCCUCCCACACCUAGAAAGCGCAGCAUCAAGCACCAAAUCACGCCCCGUCUCCGGCGUAAUCCCGCCCUUCUGGCAACGCCAUGAGCGAUCCGUAUCGCGGGCAUCGCUGAGCUCGCUGGCCCAGAGCAGGAUUAUCCGGUUGGAGGAUCAUACGGCGGAUCCGGACUCGGAGACAAGUCGUGGGUUGUGGGCGAGCAGUGUUGCGAUUGAGGAUCAUGUUGUUGUGCAAGGGAAGAGUGGGGUGGGGUCUUAUGUUGUGUGGAAUUGUAGGAUUCAGACUCUUGAUGGAGGUCCGAUUGUUGUUCGCAUGAGGUACUCCGAAUUCGACGAUCUACGCCAAAGACUAGAAUCCGCCUUCCCGCAUGCUAAAUCCGCAUUACCCGCCCUCCCCCCGAAAAGUGUACUCUUCAAAUUCCGCCCCAAAUUUCUCGAAUCUAGACGCAUCGGUCUGGAAUAUUUCCUCAAUUGUGUCUUGUUAAAUCCUGAAUUCUCCAGCUCGCCUGUCGUCAAGGACUUUCUCUUUGGUCGUUUAUCGUGA